GGCGUGUCUUCCUUGUUGGAGCCCGUUGUUUAGUUGUUCCGGCAUGCCUGUCGCCUGUUGGCCGACAAGCCCGUUUGCGCUGAUGGUGGUUAACACAUACACAACGCAACGCUGAGGACACACUCGUUUGGGUCGUCUGAGAUAAUCGAACUUCCCAUCUAUUCCUCACCAAUACUAUCCUGUCCACUUCUUCUUCUGUCGCUCUAACGAGCUUCCCCCGCGACCUCCCUUCGUCACGCAGCUCCCUCUUUCAGUCCCUGCACCGACAAGAGCCCGCGCUCCCCCCGAUAUCCACCGCCACGUCUGCCACAAACGCCUCGAUAAUGGAUGUCCUUGCCGCAGAGGAGCCUGCUGAACAGUCAUGGGCCAUCGGUGUGGGCAUCGACUUUGGCACGACUUACUCCUCCAUGGUAUUCAUCGAUUCCCGCAAGAAACGCUUUGUAUGCGUGCGCCAAUACCCGGGCCAUGGAGACCACACCUACGUCAACGAGACCCAAGUUCCUUCCGCCGUUGCCGCUGAUGCCGGGAACCCACCGGGUCCUGGGCACCCCCGCUGGGGGUUUCUCGCGCCUGUCGACAUGACAACUUUCCGACUGUUCAAGCUUGGGAUCGUGCACCCUGAAUAUCUCCCUAAUGGACUGUCGAACUCGGAUGCCCUGAUAAGGGCACAGAGAGUCCGCACGGCACACCAAGUGACACCAAGCCAAGUCACCGAAGCUUUCUUUCGGGGGUUCUGGGCCACCGGUCUCCAACUAGCCGCUCCUGAGCUCGGCAUGAGUGUUGACGAACUGCGUGCCGCCACCCUCCUCGUGGCCAUGGGUAACCCCGCCAACUGGCCGCGCGUGGCCUUGGGGUCGCUGGAGGAGGCUGCCAGCAACGCUGGCAUCGGCGGGUCCCCCGGAGGCUCAGAGUUCGCUUUCCUCUCGGAACCCGAGGCUGACCUCAUCAACUUCAUUGAAGGCAACGCAAUCUCAACCGAUUUCACGAUAGGCGAUAUCGUCGGAAUUUGCGAUGUCGGCGGAGGAACGGUUGACGGAGGUGCAUAUGAGUCUCGCACAUCGCAACCGCCUUUCAUCUUCCGGGAGUGCGUUGCCGGUGAUUCACGGCUAGCCGGGACGAUUCUACUCGACGACAGGUUCUUCGAUCUCGUCAAGCUGAAAAUCACCGACCGAGCAACGCCGAGCAUGUUGGACGACAUUACCAGCGACAAUAUGAUUGGCCAGUUCGGUCGGUUCUGGGAAUCCGACCUCAAGAAGCAUUACAAUGGGACCGGAACACGCUCGGUGGAGGUGCCCUAUCUGUUCAGGACCUGGCAGGAACGAUCCCCCGCCCCCCGGGCCGCAGGCGGUCCACCCAUGAUCACAUUUACCCACCAGGAGCUCCAGGCCCUUUUCAACCCCGGGGUGGAUCACGUUCUCGAUUUAAUCCGUGACCAAACGGAUGCCGUCGUCGCGGCGAGGGGGAGGCUUCCGAAGGUGCUUGUGCUCUGCGGUGGUUUCAGUGGGAAUCCAUAUCUGCGGUCCCGGGUCCGGGCGUGUGUCGACGAGCUGAACCACAUCCAUCAGGGUGCCGGGGUCCAGGGCGAAACUCGGGUCGAGCACGUCAGCGGAGGUGUUGAUCGCAUGGUUGCCGUAGCCGGCGGCUGCGCGUACCAUGCCCUCGGGCUGCGCAACUUCCACGACACCGCUCGAAUUUGCUCCCGCGUCUGCAAGGACACUUAUUCCUUGACUCUUCAAGUUGACGGACAAACGCCCAUCCAGAGACUCAUCAACCAGACUAAUCCGGGGCAAACACAGGGCGACGAUCUGUCCCUAAACGACCCGACGCUCGUCCGCGUCGAUCUGGCCGCCAUCGGUCUCGAUAUACGCGCAAAAGGUAACAUCGGCCUUGUUAUCUAUCGAAACAUGAACCAAGCGGUUUGGCCGAUCCCACCAGGAAAGAAACGUUGCGUGAUCCGAUUCAGGGCAAGCGGCGCCGCGAAAGUACGGACCGCGAACGAACCUGGCGUCAUCGAAAUCCGUAUUACCUACUCGUGGGGUAAUGUCCUCUUCCACGUGCUUGUCGACGGCGCGCCCCUGACUGCGGGGAUCGAGGUUGAUAUCCAAAACAUUGGGGCCAAUCUUUGA